CUUCAAUAUUUUGGAUUAUAUCUACUGAACAAUGGGAAUAAUUAAUAAGAACUAUUGAUACCGAGGCACAGUCCUCACUCGUACGUCGUUCAAGACACUUCGGCCGCCAGUUCUUUUGGCGUUGUAAUUAUCAAUACAAUAAUAUUGCCUUGAUUAUAAAAUAAAAUACAUGGGUAAAUUUUAAUUUUACUUUUCUUUAAGGCGACCGUCGAAUAAUUAAUUGGCUGUUUUUUAUACUAUUUUUGGAAUAAUGACGUCGACGAGUGAUGAUUCUCAAGUAGUUAAUGCUGAAACAAAUUUUGAGGGAAAAAGUGAAAUUGCUGAGUUUUUUGAAGGAUGUAAUGUUCUUGUUACCGGAGGUUCGGGUUUCGUUGGAAAGCUCCUGGUUGAAAAACUAUUGCGAUCAUGUAAUGUCAACAAAGUUUACCUCAUUAUUAGAGGGAAAAAAGGAAAAUCUGUGGAGCAGCGUUACAAAGAGCACUUUGAAGAUAAGCUGUAUGACAGAUUAAAAGUAGAAAAACCAGAUUUUGCUGGAAAAGUUGUGAUGAUUGAGGGCGGACUUGAAGACACAGGUCUAGUAAUGUCACCAGAAAAUAGAAAAAUGCUAAAGAAUUCCAAUGUCGUAUUUCACGGGGCUGCAACUGUCCGAUUCGACGAUAAACUGAGAUUCGCAGUCAACAUUAAUGUCAGAGGAACAAAAGACAUUUUUAAUUUUGCCAGAGAAAUGCCCAAUCUCAAGGCAAUUGUUCACAUUGGAACGGCAUACUCGCAAUGUAUUAACAAAUUUAUCGAUGAAGUAUUUUACGAAAGUCCUUUGAAUAGUGAAAAUCUGUUGACAUUGGUAGAUAUCCUCGAUGAUGAAGCUCUGGAAUAUAUAACGCCAAAGAUCAUAGGUGAGUGGCCAAACACUUACGCAUUCACAAAAACAGUAGCGGAAGAUGCGGUUCUCAGACACGGCGCAGGAUUACCUGUUUGUAUUGUUCGACCCUCGAUAAUAAUUGCCACAGAGAAAGAGCCAGUUGAAGGAUGGAUUAAUAAUCUCUACGGGCCCACUGGGGUUCUCGUUGGUGCUGGUAUAGGGUUACUGCGUACAUUACAUUGUUACCCUGAAAAAAUAGGUGAUAUGAUUCCGGCAGAUUACGUUAUCAACAAUAUUAUUGCAGCUGCGUGGUAUUGUGGAACAACGAAUCACCUAAAGCCCCCGAGAGCUUUGCCAAGUGGUACAGCGGAUAACUACAACGAUGAAGAAAAUGAUGACAAACCGCUUAUAUACAAUUCUGUAUCUUCAGUACAAAAUCCGAUAUGUUGGGGUACUUUCAUGAAACUUACUGAAGGUCAUGGUAAAGUGGCCCCGCUUUCAACAGCUUUGUGGUAUUAUUUCUUCACCCUCAACAGUAAUCUCUUCAUGCACAACCUGUAUGUCUUCGUACUUCACUUAUUUCCGGCUCUGGUUAUUGACACUAUAUUAAGGAUAAUAGGACGUAAACCGAUGCUACUAACUACGUAUAAAAAAAUUCAUAAAUUCAGCUCGGUGAUAUCGUACUUUUGUACUCAGCAAUGGAAGUUCCGUAAUAACAAUGUUGUAAGAUUGUGGAACAAAUUAACUCCACUAGAUCGUAAAAUAUUUUACUUCAAUGUUAGCGGAUACAAAUGGGAAGAUUAUUGUCAAACUAGUUUUUACGGAAUUAGGACAUUCUUAAUGAAUGAACCAAUUAGUAACUUAGAUGUCAGUGUAAGAAGAUAUAAAAUGUUAAAAUUCGCUCAUUACACAGUAAUAACAGUACUAUACUUAUUAAUGUUCUGGCUAUUAUGGGCGCUGUAUUCAACAUUAGCCAAUUAAUUAGAUUUAUUUAUAAAAACAAUAACUAUUGUAAUUAUUCAUCUACAAUUAACUACCUACACAUCUGUCUAUUAUCACAAUAACUGUGUAAAAUCAUAUUGAAUAAUAAAUUAUUAUUAAAAUU